AUGCCAUCACCCGAGUGCGAUGAAGCCGAAGCUGAAGAGGAGUCCGGCCUUUCCCUGCCCUCUGUGGGCUCAGCACAUCACAAGUUGGGCAGCUGCCAACCGUGUGCUUGGUUUUGGAAACCACAGGGGUGCCUGAAUGGAGCUGCAUGCUUGCGGUGCCACUUGUGCCCAGCUGGAGAGAUCAAGCGGCGCAAAGGCGAGCUGAAGCAGAAGAAAGCACAAGCAGCCGAAGCUGCCAGCGCAGACGACGCAGCCACCGAGUUGUGUGACGGCGGUCCGACUGUGCCGCCACCAUCAUCAGCUCCAUGCCUCAACCUAACAGAAGAGGGUCUUCCACCAGCGCCCUCCUGGACGGCAUCGGAUGCCAUCGACCCUUUACCUUCAAUCGGCUCUCGGCUGCAUGGCAGCGGCCAGUGCAAGCCGUGUGCAUGGUUCUGGAAAGCAGAGGGUUGUAGGAACGAAGCAGCUUGUGGCCACUGCCAUUUGUGUCCGUUGGGGGAAGCGAAGGCCCGGAAGCAGGCCAAGCUAGCCAUGAUCCGAGCCAAAGCCCAGGAAGGCGAAAACGAGCUGAAGCCAGAGAUAAAUGGGCACCUGGGCCCGAGUGGCCUCCCCCUCUCGGAGGUCAGACCCAUUGUAUUAACGCCAGCCCCCACCUUACUCUUUAAUGUUUGUGAGGUGGCCCCCCAUCAGAGCAACCCAGCGCAGUUGCAGUCCUUGUCCUUCUUCCCCGGACAGCCAAUGCAGUCCACACCAGUGCAACCACCCGUGCAAGUCCAUGUCCAACCUCAAUGUCACCAAGCCCCAGUUCCAUCCAUUCCACCGGUCCCACCUGUUCCUCAGUAUUGCUCUGCUCAGAUUGGACAGCAUCAGAACCUGCAGAGGCCCGUGCUUUUGGGCAACCCGCUGCCUGCUUUCCAACCGGCACAAAGCAUUGGAGGUUUGUGCAGCAGAAGUGGCCCUGACGGUUUGAAGCGCGUCCCGUACGAAGCGGGAGAACGGCGACAUCUUCCACAAGAAAUGCCUCUGGGAAUUCUCCACAGCGUGCCGCUUUAUCACCAGCCAGUUCACCCACCGAUUCAAGCGCUCCCAACAGCCUUGCCAUCAGUUGGCUCUGCAUUGCAUGCAGAGGGAAAGUGCUCGCCCUGUGCAUGGUUUUGGAAGCCGCAGGGUUGUCGGCACGGGGCUGGCUGUGGCCGAUGCCAUUUAUGCCCUGCUGGCGAAAUCAAGCAGCGCAAGAAGAGCAAGGCAUCCAAGGAUGUUGCAACAGAUCCCUUGUGCUUUCCGGCUUCGCCGUUGAUCUUGGACUAG